GACAAAUUCAGUACUUUUAACCUACUAACAUACUUGAAAUUAAGUAUGUUACCGCUGCUGUGUACAGACCGUUGCUGCACAACCACACCCGUUUUGGUUUCUUUAAUUGAACAAUGACGUAUCGGCUGGAUUCGGACAUUGUUAACCGCGAUCCUUACGGCAUAGUUUUGCCGACUCAAAAUAGUACCUCGUAUCCGAAACUUCGCCGGGGUAAUAACGCGGCAGCAUUACAUCACGACCUGAAUAACAAGGAUGAUGAGCUUGUCAACAUUUCCAGCAAAAAGAAACUGGUGGCCUGGUUCGUGUCGCAUUGCGUGACUUCAAAUCGUCGCGAGGAUUACGUCAGAGAACUGAGCAAACACAUUCCGGUGGACAUUUACGGCAAGUGCAGCAAUUUGACUUGCUCGAACCGAAACCAUUGCAAGGAAAUGAUCCGCAGAGAUUACAAAUUCUACAUCGCUUUCGAGAACUCGCUGUGCACAGAUUACGUCACGGAGAAGCUGGCCAUUGGUCUCAUUUAUGACGCAGUACCCAUUGUUAUGGGCAGUGUCGACUACACCAAAUUUGCACUGCCUCAUUCAUUUAUUGACGUCAACGACUUUUCUACUCCGAAACUACUUGCCCACUACCUUCUACUGCUGAGCGAAACAGAUGCGCUGUACAUGCGCUACUUUGACUGGAAGCGGGACUUUACGGUCCACUUGAACCUUAUUAGGCUGAGCUGGUGUCGCCUUUGCCAACUGGCUCACGAGAGCCAAAUUUCAUUAACGACUUACAAAGACAUUCUUGAGUGAGCAAUAACCCUUCCAACUGCAGCAAUUUGCCUCCCAACCAAAAUAUCCGUUUCCGA